UUGCGUGCGAGGAUUUUGAUGCAAAACACGCAAGCGCGAGACAGUGCAAAAAGUGGGGUUGAGCACACGCGGAAAUCAAGACUAGCCUGUCUCUCCACAGCAUCCGCCGAUAAACCAGACAGAAAACAAUAACUUUUCGUUUAUGCUGUGCGUUCAUACCAAAAUCACUGAGACAAUACACACCAAUGCGGCUAAUGCCCUUGAGAAAAAGGCACAAUGGUUUCGAAUGGAAGCCAUUCAUCUCAAUUUGGUUUCUUUGAUGGAGAUCAAGUGGCUGGCUACCCUGAAAGCGUCUGUGUGUUGGUUGUACAUUACAACUUUGAGCACGACUUGGAAAAUAUAAGGGAAGGCAAUGAAGUUGAUUUAGAGCGGCUUCAGCUGACUUUUGAGUCAAGACGCAACUGCCAAUUUUGCCAUCUGCGGUCGCCCAAGAAGGAAACUUUGCUUGCAACGCUUUCCAAUGACGAUCAAGUUUUAAAGCUUUUUGACACAACUGAGGUUCCAUCUGUGUUAAUUCUUGUGAUAUUAUCACAUGGAGGCAGAGACGGGAAAAUAUACACUGAUCACCGAGCCUCACCGACAAAAUAUGAAUAUUUUACCACUUUCCAAGUGCUGGAGUCACUGCGAUCACUGCAGCAGUUUGAAUCAACACUAAAGUUGGUGUUUUUUGGACCCUGCCGCGGAGAAAUAGUAGACGAAGUGCACGAUCCAGAGUCCCCCUUGCAAUUGGACAAUCAAAAUUCAUGUCGGGUUACGAACCACCCGCAAAAGGACAAUUUUAUUUUGGUUUUCUCAACAGUAGAAACAACAAGGGCGAAACGAGAUGAUGAGAAUGGAACUGCUUUAGUGCAGGCUUUGUGCGAAAUUCUCGACGGAUUGUGCGAAGACACUGCCUUAGAAGUUGCACUAACUUGCGUCCAGAACAAAAUCCACGAAAAUUCCGGCGGAGUUGGUCAAUCGCCUGAAGUGAAGUUUUCGCCGCACAGAGAGUUCACAGUUUUAAAAUGCCCAGAUAGAAAAGAAAAGGCGAAGAGAAAUGAAUGUUUCUUCACAUGGCUGUCCAGCAGUGGUUUGCCUGUUCGCGGGCGGUGGGCAGCAGUGGUGUGCGAUGAACAAAAUCAACAAGUGGAGAAUUUGGAGCGAAUUUUCAGAGAAAAUCUGGACUUUGAAACCUGCAUUUUGCACAACUCUGCUAAAAAUUUAGAAAGCUUAAGCCGCAAAGCCUGGGAUGAAGAAGAGACUGAUAUAGGCUGCAUUGCUAUUUGUUAUUUUGCAAAACUCCUUGUGAAUAAAGCGUCUGAGGUUUGCGUCAAAGUGGAAGGAAGCGAGAUCUCGAUUGGCAAUUUAGUGCAAAAAUUUAUCGGACCUGAUAAUGAAAAAUGGAUUGGCAGACCGAAAUUGUUCUUUUUCGUACACCAGAGCGCUUCUUGUGACUUUAUCACGCGGGCACGGAGGCUAUCGAUCAGCGCCACAAACCACAGUGGUUGGUUUGUUCUUGUUUUGCCAAAUGACGAUGGUGAAGAAAAGUUGGCAGAUAUACUGCAAAAUCCGCUACUGAGAAGAGGCAAAAGUUUGCAGGAAAUCUCGAUAGGUGUGUUGCGACUUGAAAAGGGAAAGCAAGCAAAGUCAGGAACGAGGCCGCAAAUUGUCACAACACUGCCGCAUCUUUUAGAUUUUCCAAUUUGGCAUCGACGAUUUGUUCCCCCUAAUUUUGUAGUGACAACGCGCAUUUCCAUUGAUGACGAGGAAAGCGUUGAGCGCGUCUUGUCAUUUCGACAACUCAAAUCAUUAUGUCUUAGAGAGCUGCAAAGUGAUCUCAAUUGCACCUGGCUAGUCAGUGCGCCUCCGGGAAUGGGAAAAUCGACACUGUUCUGUGAAAUGGAAUACCACCUGAGGAAAGAACUCGGCAAAAAGGUGUUUUUUCGCAUACAGAUGAUUGACGAAUACGAAUAUCUGGAUUUAGACGAUGACUUGUCCGCGGAGGGACUGUUGCACAACGCCAAGCAAUUAUUUCUCCACUCCGAAAUUAGGAACAUACUCAGCGAGAGGCGCGCGGUCAUACUUUUGGAUGGUUUCGACGAAGUUUGCCCUGAUUUCCGAAAAAAAACCUUGGCUUUGAUUAAGGAAAUAUCCUCGUGUAAGAUACCCCUUUGGAUCGCUACGAGGCCGCAGGAAGAAGAGGAAAUUUUAGCGGCGCUGAAAGGAGUGCAGGUUAGAAAAGUGGAAAUAGCGCCGUUUGACAAACCGAUGCAGUUGGAGCUGCUGAAAAUGAAUUCCGAGAAAAAGGACCAUGAUAAGUGCAGUGAACUUUUGGAGAAGUUUGAAAGCGUCGGAGCGAAAGACAUUUUGAAAAACCCUUUUCACCUCACUCUAAUUGCGAGUCAGGCCUUAGGAGACGACACUAAUUUGUUCGCAAUUUAUAGAAACGUCGUCGAGAAGAAAGUUAAAGAAGCGUUGACGCAAAAAGAGUCGUACGACGAAAACAACAAACUGUUCAAAUCGAAGGUAAAGAAGAGGAUAAAACUGCUCCAAUCGUUUGCCCGGUGCUUUUUACUGGAAAACGAUAUAUCCGAUUUCGGUGAUGAGAAAAUCAAUCAGAUAAACAACACCGGUAUUGCGACUAUACGUGGAGAAAAGAACUACAGAUUUGUGCACCAAACACUGGCGGAAUUCCUGUUAGCUCAACUUUUUGUGUUUGAAGUUGCAGAGAAUAGUACAUCCACCAUUCCGCUAUUUGAACAAGAAACUUUGAGACAAAGCAGGAUAUUUUUUGACGCAUUCGUCGCCCACUCAGAAAAUGAAGGCGUCGAGAAAUUCAUCAGAGGCAACAUGAGCAGAAAUUUUGUCGAGACGAUUGUGUGCGAGGCGCAUUACAAUUUGUUCCAAGCGGCGAAAAGGUUUGUUUCUUUUGCCGACAGCCAAUCUGGAAAGUUUCUCAUUGAAGAUGGAUUUUCAAUUUUGAAAUCAGCGUGCAAAAGCAGUGAGACCAUCGGCCGGGAACUUUUGCAGAUGAACUUGCUAGAGCAAGUGGUGCAAAAGCGGCCAGCGGAGGAGCUGUGGACUCUGAUCCAGCAAGUUGCCCGGAGCAACUUUUGCCAAUUAUUCGACGACUUUCUAACCACAUCCCCCGACGUGGCGAAAGUUCUGCAAGGCCACAAAACUUCCUAUUUGCCCCUGACGCCCGUCAAACAGGGCCACGAGCAAAUGCUGGAACUGCUCUUGCAGAACGGCCUGAGCGCCAAUAUCUCGAAAAACAACAAGACCGCCCUGCAGGUGGCCAUCGUGGCCGGCAACGCAGCCUGCGUGCGUCUGCUGAUCUCGCACGGCGCCAAGCUGAACCCCAGUCCGCGCGACUCUUGGAAGCGGGACAUGGUGCUGACGCCGCUGCACAUUGCAGCGUGCAACGACAGCGCCGACGUGUGCCGCUGCCUGGUGGAGCACGGCGCCGACCUCGGCACCGUCGUCGCGCUCGGCGGCUGGACGGCCUUCCACUUCUCCUGCAGCCACGGCAUCCUGGCCAACGUUGAGUAUUUUUUGUCGCUCGACUUUUACGACGUGAACGCCAACACGAGCCACGGUCGGACACCACUGAUUCUGGCCGCGGAGGGCGACCACGCGGAGGUGGUGCAGUUGUUGCUGCGGCAACAAGGCAUCAACCCCUUCGCCGCCGACAAGGACGGCUGGAACGCCCUGCACUACGCGGCCAGGUACGCCGGGCUGCGCACGGUGGUUCUCGUCCUCACGCGAUUUAAGUCCGAACUGAUCGAGAGCAAGACCAAACACGGCUGGACGCCCCUCCAGCUGUCCGUGCUAAACUCGGACGCCAGUGUGCGGCGCUACUUGGUGCUGGAAGGCUCCGAUUUGACGGCCGCCAACAAGGACGGCUGGACCGUUUUGCACUGGGCGUCGCACGUGGGAGACGGGGAUUUCAUCAGACUCGUGAGCAAGAGGAUGGACGUUAAUCUGCAGAAUAAAUUGGGAAGAACUGCCCUGCACUUAGCUUCGGAAAUGGGCCACAAGCAGGUGGUGAAGUUGCUACUUAAAUGUGGAGCCGACGGAAAUAUCGCCGAUUCUUUUGGGAUGCUUCCUUUUCAUCUUACUUCAAAUAACAAUUUUUCAGUGCCAAUUGCUGAAAAUGUUGAACGAUCCAUCUACGACGUUUCAAACUCUGACGUUUCUGUGUCAAAAUACGUAUUCUCUGUUCUCACCAUGCGUGGCUACAUUCAAGCCAAAGAUGAUUUGUCUCAGUAAGGUUUAUUUUAUACCUAAUUUCCUUUUGUUUCUGAUUUUAACAGGAUUACCUGGGAAUCGUUCGAACAGUGGAACAAUCUGCAUGCAAGUUGAUCUCAACAUGUCUCAAAUGGAAAUACCGCCAGUAUACUCAAUAUGUGUUACCUGUCGUUUAAUUAUUUUUCUCACGUAACCAAAAAUUGCUCUCUCACAAAUUUUUAAGUUUGUACUAAUACUUGUUUUAUUUGUCCUGAAAUUUUAGCCAUAUUAUUCUUAAUUGAACGAUAUAAGUGAAUAAAAAUAAAUGAAAACCAACAAAUAAUAUUUCUAAUAAAUGAAUGAAUUUAUUAUUAAACGCGUAUAUAUAUAUAUAUGCGUGCGACACUAAUCCUAUACAAUCAAUUCUUACAAUUCUUAUCUGCUUCUCUUAAACUAAUUCUUUGCAUGCCAUGGACAUCACUAUUUAAUUUGUUCUGUUCAACUCAGAUGUACCAUUUUAUGAACCCCAGGAGAUUUGUAAAUAAAUAAAGUGAUUUAUUUUUUUUCUAAUAUGGA